AUGGCGAAGUCUUUGAGGUCGAAGAUGCAGAGGCGGCUGAGGACGCUGCGGCGUGAUCUCGCACAGCCCUUCUACGACAAGAAGGAGACGUCCAAACUCGCCGCUCAACAGGCUGCCCUUGCCGCGCCGAAAUUGCCCGUCCGCGUUCCCAAAAAGGGCGAAGAUGAGGGGGUUGGGAUGGGCUCCGAGGUUGUUGCUUCCCCGGCCACGGCUUCUACGAACACAAUGGGUAAGCUGGAGUCUCUUUUCCUGGAUUCUCGUCCCGUCGUUGUGGAGCGUGUCGUCUCUUUUUUCUUGUGGUAAUUUCUGGUUGCGGUGAGUACGUCUGUUCGCGUGGGUUUAUUCGAUUACCAGCGAGGAUUUAAGGGUUCCGCAUAUUCUCUCUGCUCUUUAGUAGAUGCAUGGACCUUCACCGUCCGACGACAUGUGGUUAGCGCGUAAUAUAUCCCUUUUUAAAUCCUUUAAUUUCGAGCCGUCUAGUUGCAGAAACUCUGAUCUGUCGGUUGUAGGGUAAAUUACUGAAAACUCGAACCAUAUCUUCGUUUCAUGACUCUAUCUCAUUCUAACGUGUGUGAUGAAUUAUUUGGGUUGGAUAUGAUUCAGUGUAAUUUUUUUUUAACAGGAUGAGAGAAAUUCCAGUCCUCCUGGAUUCGAUCCGUUUUCUUUUUAGAUACUGAUUGUAUCCAUAUGAUUCUUAUUUCGCACCCGACCAAUAAUGCUGCCGCCUAGUGAUCAUUUACAAAGUGUCUCAAUUGUCGUGAAAGGGAUAUUGAUUAUAAUAACCCUAUGAACCUUUUCUGAAGCAUGCUCCGGUUAACUGUGCUAUAGAGUGUCCAUUAACUCCAGAGCAUCUCAACUUUCUUGACGAGAUAUUCAUUGUAUCUAUCUGAGUUUUGAUUUUUAAAACCUACGCCAUUAAUCACUCAAAAAGAGUGAUCAGUAACAGAGUAUCUCAAUUUUCUGAUGGAGAUAUUGAUUAAAAAGUUGCGCCGAUAGUCAUGCCACAGGUAGUCCAUCAACAAAGCGUCCCAACUUUCUCCAAGAGGUUUUCGUUAUGACUGUAUAGCUUUUUUUUUUUUUGAAAACCUGCGCCAAUAAUCAUCCUGCAGAGUAGUCAUUGACAAAAUACGUUGACGAGCAUGUCUUCAGAAUUGGGUUGAUGCGCAAAGAAAAUCAUUAGUAUUAUGGUUUUUAUUAUUGCUAUUAUAAUCACUUUUUUAGCAUGUUUUCGUUAGUCUCUCCAUAAUAUGGUCCCAUUCUCAUUGAAGAGUUCCUGUUUCUGUUUUGAGCAGAUGUUGAGAUGGCUGAUGCGGGUAGUUCCAAGACGAGGAUGUUCUUGAAGCCUGGGGGAGGCGUAGGGAAGAAGUCAAAGAAGAAGCAAAAGGGGAAGCGAGGGAAGGGGAAGUACAAGAGGAAUCAUCAGUAUUAA